AUGGGAAUAGAAAUUAUUGUAAAAAGAAACAUAAGUACCUUAUAUCAUAAUACUAUAGUAUAGUUAAUAUAAAAAGAAAAGUAAUUGAAAGAAAAAGAGAAUUAAUUAUCAUAAAAGGAAAACUUAUUAGUUAAAAAGGAAUUAGAUUUAAACAAGAGAAUGAUGAAAUAUUCAACUAUUUUAGAGUAGAUUAUUGA